GUGGCGUGACACGUCACCGGCUCAGACUGUCACCGUGACGUCAGCACUACACAGGCACGCGGCUGCACUCUUUGGCUCCUUUUCGCCCUUUUUUUGUUUUGUUUGAACUCCGCCAUGGAUUUGGCGAACUUGAAGGAGACGGAGAAGCACUGUGUCCUGUGCUGCCAGGAUGUCGACGUCUUCGCCUUCGGGAAAUGCGACCAUCCGGUGUGUUACCGCUGCUCCACCAAAAUGAGGGUGCUGUGCGAGCAGAAGUACUGCGCCGUCUGCCGGGAGGAGCUCGACAAGGUGGUGUUUGCCAAGACCGUGGAGGCCUUUUCUUCUCUGCCUCACCACCGCUUCCCCUGUGAGAAACUACACGACAUUUAUUUUGCCGAUGAGAAUAUCCAUGCUCAGUACAGGCAACUGCUGUUGCCACAGUGUCCUUGCUGUUCAGAUGCAAAGAUCUUCUCCAAGUUUGUGGAGCUGGAGCAACACAUGAGGAAGCAGCAUGAACUCUUCUGCUGCAAGCUCUGCACCAAGCAUCUAAAGAUCUUUUCCCACGAGCGGAAGUGGUACAACCGCAAGGAACUUGCACGCCAUCGAGCGCACGGGGACCCCGACGACACCAGUCACCGAGGACACCCGCUCUGCAAGUUCUGUGACGACCGUUACCUGGACAACGAUGAGCUGCUCAAACACUUGAGAAAGGACCAUUACUUCUGCCAUUUCUGCGACGCCGACGGCUCCCAGGAAUAUUACAGUGAUUACCUGUACUUGAGCGAGCACUUCAGAGGAAGUCACUACCUGUGUGAGGAAGGCCUCUGUGCCACCGAGCAGUUCACCCACGCAUUCCGCACGGAGAUCGACUACAAGGCCCACAAGGCUUCGGCGCACAGCAAGAGCCGAGCAGAGGCACGACAAAACCGCCACAUUGAUCUGCAGUUCUCUUUGGCUCCAAGACAACAACAAAGAAGGAAUGAAGCUUUGGUGACUGGUGAAGAUUAUGAGGAGAUGCGUCACAGUCGAGGAGGGAGAGGAAGACCCCAGGUGGGACAGAAGAGCUGGCGGUACUCUCGCGAGGAAGAGGACAGAGAGGUGGCAGCUGCUCUAAGGGCAUCGGUGGCCAUGCGUCGACAAGAGGAUAGGACGGCUGCAUUGGAGAGGACCACUGUGAAACACCUCAGGGAAGAGAGAACGGAGAGAACGGAAUCAGAAGAGCCCAGUCCCAGGACUGGUACUAUUAAACCAACAGGCAAACCUCCAGUGAAGACCAUGAAGAGCUCCAGUCCCAGAGAGGAGGAAGACGAGUUUCCAGCUUUGGGUGCCGCAGCUCCAUUUGCCAUUGCCAAGUCAGCCCCACCAGUGGUUGCACAGCCUCCAAGGACCCUGAAGGAAGAUGACUUCCCCAGCCUUUCCGUAGCUAAUGUUCCUUCGGCCCCCAUGACUCCAUCUUAUCCCGCCCAACCCAAGAAGUUGUCUUCUUUCCAAGAGGAUUUCCCUGCCCUUGUGUCCAAAGUGCGACCCCUCAAAUCUGCAGCUGGCUCCAAGUCUGCCUGGUCCGCUCACAGCGCUCCAGCUCGGCCCACUGCUCAGCCCGCCUCUUCCACCAGACUUCCACCUCAACCCACCUCAGCAUCCUCCGGCCCCCAGCCCCUCACCUCCAUCACAUCUUCCUCUUCAAGGAGGAAAAAGAAAGUAGGGGAAAAGGGAAAGGUGGCGUCCACACGCACGCCUCCUUCCUCCGAUGACGAGAGAACAGGAAUGACGCAGCAGGAGUUCCGCUCGGUGCCCACCAUGUUGGACAUCUCAUCUUUGCUGACUGUAAAGGGGGGGGGGGGCAAGCCUUCUUCCUCUGUGACCACCAGCCCUCCGGCCCUGACGCCUAACACUGAAAGCCCUACUUGGAAAACAAGCAAGAAGAAAAAACAAAACAACAACAGCAGCACCGCCUCUACUUGUAACUCUUCAGCAUCAGGGAGUCAGGCGCCUGCUAAGACAACAUCAGUAGAAAGCGUGACUCAAAAGGAGAACGUUCCUCAAAAAACAAGGAGCAAACCCCCCAGUCCUGCGGUGGUGCUGGCGGCACCGAGCCACUUGCUCAAUGGCUUCCAUGAAACCUCACCGCCGCUUGUUAGCAAGGAGACACCAGCACAGACCAAAGCAGAUUCUCCUGUCCAACAAGACGAAGAAUUCCCUGCCCUCAUGACGAGGAAACCACCUCCAGGGUUCAAGAUGUCCUUCCCGACAAAGUCCUCAGCUCCUGCACCAUCCACCACGGUGCACCCCCCUCCCCCUCCACCUGGCCUGGGACUCCAAGUCACGAAGCCCCCACCCGGCUUCACUGGGACACCCUUCAACAGUAACCUAGUCCAGCCAGCGGUCAACUUAGCCCCCAAAGCUCCAGACACUGGAUACCUGGUGCCCGAGGACUUUCACCAGAGGAACCUGGAGCUGAUCCAGUCUAUUAAGAAAUACCUCCACAACGAUGAGUCCAAGUUCAAUCAGUUCAAAAACUACUCGGCACAAUUUAGACAGGGGGUUUUACCAGCCGCCCGCUACCACCACAGCUGCAAGGACCUGCUGGGAGACGACUUCCAGCACAUCUUCAAGGAGCUGCUGGUGCUGCUGCCGGACACCGCCAAGCAGCAGGAGCUCCUCACGGCUCACGGGGACUGCAAGGCUCAGGAGAAGCAGUCGGGGACGGCAGCGGCAGGAGCGAAGAAAAAUAAGAACAAAAAGAACGCUUGGCAGACGGCAAACACCAGCGCUGACCUGGACUGCCAGGUGUGUCCCACCUGCAGACAGGUGCUGGCUCCUAAAGACUUCAACUCCCACAAGACACUGCACUUGAAGGACAACGAGGACUUCCCCUCCCUGCAGUCCAUUUGCCGAAUGAUCAGCUAGCACGCUGUUGUCAAAUGUCCACUAAAGCUAGCACUCUGUUGUCAAAUGUCCACAGCUGCGCUCACCUCCACGUGGACCACGGCUCCCAGCUUGUUCCUGGUCUCAACCCUGGAGUCCAUCUGGGACACUUCCAGCUGCUUUGGCCGUGUCCAACCACAGCUUGAUGUAUUUAUAGACGACAAAGUCACAAGGUACUUGAAAAGAAUCCAUUCAACGUUUUUAAGUCUUUCAUUUGCAAACAUAGCAGAGUCUUGUUGUCCGAGUCCCCCGGGCUGUAGAACACUUGCAAUGUUUCCUUUCCAAUCCUUGAACUCACACGAUUGAACAAAUGCUCCUUUUAUUUUAAACAGGAACUAAAUGGAAUUACAAAUGUU